UCAACAGUAUUCCCAAAGCUGAAGGAAUUGUAUAUUUAUCAUUUGGUUGAAUUGAAGCAAUGGGAAAUAAAAGAAAAAGAAGAGAGGUCAAUAAUGCCAUGUCUCAAUCACUUGAUUAUGAGAGGCUGCCCAAAGCUGGAGGGACUGCCGGAUCACGUGCUCCAGAGGACACCAUUGCAGAAAUUGUACAUCAUAAAUUCUCCUUUUUUGGAACGACGCUAUCAAAAGGAUAUUGGAGAGGAUCGGCACAAAAUAUCUCAUAUCCCACAAGUCGAAUUAUGUUCAUGGGACUGAAUGGUCAUCACGCUUCACCUCAUGUCGCUCUUGUUACAGAGAAGCAAGUUCAAAUAAAGAGGAGAAAAUUCCCAAUACCUAUGUAUUGUGAAGUUGUCUAUGAAUCAAUUUCAAAUUGGUGAUUUGUAAAUUCUUUUUCUCUUUUUCUUUUCCCCUUUUAUUGGUUUGCCUAUAUAUAUACGAAUGUGUAAACUUCAACUUUAUUGUUUGGAUUUAUUUCCUACAACAUAAAUGGUUUGCGAAUGAUGGGAACUUGCAUGCAUGCAUGCAUGAUGUUUCUU